AACAGGCCUGUUAACGAUUCAUUACAUCGAAAUUUAGGCAGAAAUGACAUCUUCUUCGCCGAUACGUCUGAAAAUCGAAAUGGACAGUGUACAUCACAUGCAUAAGGGAGACACGGCAUUUCAGUGGCCCGAAAACCAGCGAAGGUACUGGAUAGUAGCCAUGUUUUGUGGCACUUUGUUAUUGUACGCGACGAGAUCAGCUGUUCCGUUGUGUAUGGCAGCCAUGAGCACUGACAUGAACUGGGAUAAGGAGAUCGAUGUAAGUUUCGUUAAAUACAAUCUACUGAUCAUGCAUGGUUUGUUUUAUAUGUUGUGGUUCAACUUUAUCCUUGGUUUAAUUUUUAUUUUCCUUUGUUCUGCUACUUUAUGCCAAGCUCAUUAUCAUACAUUACCACACCCAAAAUAAACCAAGGAUAAAACCAUUCUUGCCAACCUCCAAAAGGCAAAAAAUGUGAGAUAGGGCUUUUGCAUUAGUUGAUCUCGUGAUCAACUUUCGGUAAACACGAACGCAGUUCACCUUUGAAAAAGGUAACUUGUAAAUUUUCAGCCGUAUAUCUCAAAAGUAGUGAUUGCGACAGCCGCCGAAAAUUAAGGGGAUUGUAUAAGAAAAACAACUCCUGCCACCCAGUCACCCUUGAGUGGUUUUCCAUACAGCUCCUCGUAAAUUCUGAAGUUUUUAAACUGUCGUUAAAUCUUUCCCUUACCCAUUUAAGUGCUCAAAGUGCCUGUUAUGAAUUAAAAGGAGAUUUGAGCCUCUUAAUGCUUAAGGAAAUGUUUCACAAAGGUUUGAAAAUUUUGAAAUUUACAAGGAGUUGUAUGGAAAACCAUUCAAGCAUGACUGGGUGGCAAAAGUUGUUUUUCUGAUACAAAUCCUUCUAAUUUUCUGUGGCCAAUGUAAUCACUACUUUUGAGAUAUACACUGUAUGGCUGAAAAUUUACAGGUUGCCUAAUUUUAAUAUCCUCUUUCAGCUCAUGCUAACAAGAUUUUUCAAAAGCGAACUGUUUUUGUGUUUACCGAAAGUUGAUCAUGUGAUCAACUAAUACAAAAGGCCUAUUCUGAACCAAGAGAAGAUGGAUAAGUUUCUCUGCCUCUGGGGAGAGGAAAAUUCAUGACUUUGUUUUAAGCAGGCCUUCUGAUAGGGUGAGAUGAAAAAUCAGAAAUUAUGCAGCGUUUUGAGGGCAGAUUGUGCGACAAGAUAGGACUAUUAUGUGCUGAAUUUUGCGAUUUAACCACUUUAGUGUUGUUUAACAGGCAAUUUGAAUGUAGAGGGAUAAUAAAACAUCUAUUUUAAAACAAAAUAGUUAAAUUUGUCCAAUUAGCUUGACCCGAAAAGAAAACAAUCGGAAAGAAAGAAAAAGGAAAAGGUACUUUGUUUAAUGUUACAUGAUGCCGUUACACUACUGACCAUACUGCCUGGAUGCUGUGAUCAAAGGUUUCAGAUGUCUUGCAAGGCUUUCUUUAGUCAGGGCUUCUGAUAUUUCGCGCGGUCGCGGACCCGCGAAAUUCAGGUAUUUCCGCGAAAUCCCGCGGAAUUCCCAAACAAACGCGAAAUACCGCGAAAUCCGCCGGAAAUAUUUCCAAAUACAUAUCGGCAAAACAUAUUUAAUACUUAUCUUGGCUAUUAGACCGGUUUUAUUCACCCCAAACGUCCAAAUUUAGCUUGAAACUUCGUCACUGCAACGAGUAAACAACGUCCCAAAACUACCAGGCGUUUUUAGAUGAACAUUGUGAAAAACUGGGCACUAACCAUAAUGUUAAUUAACAUUUCGCUCAUUUCUCGAGCGAACUGUUGUUGAAAGAGCAAAUGAUUAGAGCGGUUUUCACUUGACUGUCGAAAGGGAUUGGUUUUGGUUUUGGUUUUACUACUCCCUUUGGUUGGCUAGUGUAUUUACUUUGGUUUUGGUUUUACGACAGUCGAGUGAAAACCGCUCUAUCCCUGCUACAAAAACAUUCACUGACGCUGGUCAUAUCGACGCAAAAUUGACCGAUUUUAACCAAAUUUACCAAAAAAUCCCAACGAAAUCGGCUGUUUUUUACUGAUUGUUUCUUGGCGAAGUUUCCCCCCAAAAUUUCCCGUGAAAUCGGCCGAUUUUCCUAAGAAUUUGCCCCUGAAAAUCCUUCGAAACUUGACUUUUUUCCGCUAAAAUCCAGCGAAAUGGGCCGAUUUUUCUCGAAUUUUGACUUCUCUCCCUCGAAAAUCGCCCGAAAUCGGCUGAUUGGGCCGCAAAUUUUGACUUUUUUCCCGCGAAAAUCCCGCAAAAUCGGCCGAUUUUUCCACGAAUUUGCCCCUGAAAAUCCCGCGAAAUUUUGCUUUUUUUUCCGCGAAAUAUCAGAAGCCCUGUUUAGUGGUAAAUCAUCUUAAAUAACAUUAAGAUUGAGAAAACGUUCACUUAAAGUCAGAAUUCAUUGUUUACUUUACUUGAAUUUAGCUUUUUUUUUUAUGAAUUAUGCGAUUCUCCUCAACUUGUGCGAUCGGAUGCAAUUUGAGGUCAAUUGUGCGAAAUCGCACCAUCUUGUAAUAUCAGAUGGCCUGAUUAAGUUCAAAGGAAAGGAUGUGGGGGAUCUCUUCACUCUACACAAGUCAGCGGACAAAGUUAUCCUUGACAAUCAAAACUGAUGACAUCACAAGCAGUAGAAAGGAUGUUGAUCUGCUUGGGCGGUUACAGGCGGCUCAAGGGGUAAUGGGUUAAAUUGACCCCUGGUUUAGAGACAGUUGACUGUUCUUCUUUAUUAUUGGGUGCUUCCAUUAAUUUUAUCACACUGACCAGUUUUAGAACAGCUGAACUAGUUUAAAGGAAAAGAGAACAACAUUGUUGAAUCAAAAUGACUAACUGACUUCUUCCAUAAAAUUACUGCCUGAACUGAACUCGUUUAUAUGAUAUUAAUAUAUAUUUUUGUAAAACCAAGUUUGAGGUGCACAAGCCAUAAAUCAAACAGUAAAAGAAAAAACUUGGUGGGUAAAUUUACAGUGCAGAAAACUCACUUAGUAAGGGUUAUGUUUCCAUGGGCUUCCUGGAAACUGGCCUCAUUCCCUAAUUAUUUGUAUUUGUCUUACAGGGAGCAGUCAUGUCUGCUUUCUUCUGUGGAUAUAUGCCAGCACAAAUUGUUGGUGGAUUUUUAAGUGAUAAAUAUGGAGGGGAAGUGAUUUUAGGGUCUGCAGCAGUUGCUUGGUCAUUAUUAACCCUUGCUGUACCAUUUCUUCCUGUGUCAUCUGUGUUGUUUCUGUCUCCAACCAUGAUCAUGCUAGCAGCAAGAAUGUGCACUGGACUGUUUCAAGGUUAGUGAUCACUUAAAGUACAUGCCUGGAUAAAAUUAAUUUGCCUGUGAACUGGUAAAGCAGUGUAUCUCUUCCAGUUGGAUUCAAGUUCUCUGUGAAUGGUUUGAGUUUUUUCACAAUCUGCAGCGUGACACUAUUCAAACUCGUAUGGAUAUUCUAUAUUGUGUUGGAAACAGCAGAGUUAUUUUGCAGAAUUUGAAUGGCCACCAAACGCCAAAUGAGCUCUGAAGUUUAGUGAUUAGUGUUAGGAAAGUGAAUCAGGUUCCAUUUAGGGACACGAUACCAGACAAACUGACUUGAAACAUGAUUCACUUAGUUUUGCAACCCUAAGCACUAAACUUCAGAGUCAUUUGGUGCUGGCCAGCCCUUCAGCAUUCUGUAAAGUAUCCCUGCUGUGUUGGAAAUGUUACAGCUUUUUAGAUAUAUGUCCCAAACUUGUCAAGUAGUAACAAUGGAAUACCCCUGAAAUAACUCUUUUUCUUAUUGAUUUUGGAAGGUGUUAAACACAUUGGUGACAUCCCGGAAAGGCUUAUAAGAAGGAAGCAAAACUCUGACCCACCCCACCCCACUUUGCAUCUUUUGUAUGCAGCUUCUUAUUUCUAUUUCAAUGUUAUUGGUCCCAGAUUGUCACAGUCUUUGUUAGACAGUCAUCUCUUCUUUCAUGAAAUUAUACUUGAUACACUGCAGGGCUAAAUAACUGUGCAAUUCCUUUCCUUGCUCCACAUUCACUCACUCUUGCUUUGAACUACAAUUUGGGUGAUUGGUAAAGAGGGUAUUAUAAGAAAAGAUUAAAGUUUUCUGUAAAAAAGAAACUUCUUUUGUUCAGCAGUACCUGUCUAUGGUAUCACCAUAGCAUAAAUUAUCAAGUACAGCUGUAGUUUAGUCUGUGCAGAUUUUACAGUUGAAUCCUGCUUCAAGGACACCCACCUGAUACUAACACCUAGUCAUUACGGAGAGUUUUGAUUUUCCCUGCAGAACGCCCCAAUGCUUUCUCUAAAUUCAACGCGCCUAAUAUGGACACCCAUUAAUGUGGACAAUGGACACUUUUUGGUGCCCAAUCAACAGAUUCUCAUAGAAAGUCAACCUUGCUAAAGUGGACAUUUCAUUACCAAUUGUGUGCUGCAAUGAAUUUUCCCUUUUUGGAGAUAUAAAAAAACUUCAGUUGACAGCAUGUUGAUAUUCCCAGUGCUACAGUGCACCGGAUAGCAUGAUUUGUAGACGUCAAUUUCAGAUUAUUUUUGCAUCAAACGAGUUCAGCAGAGAACUUUUUGAAUAAGUAAUAUAUAGAUGACAGAGUUUUGAGUGAUUCUAUUGAUUUAGUCCGCGGAAUGAAGGCUUUGUGAUGGCUUUGAGGAUGCUAAUGUCCUUUAGAAUUUUGUUCCAAUAAAAGGUGUCUUUUGACUUUAACGACAUGACCCGCUCAAAACAGACACUUUGUAUGGCCACUUCAGUGUCAGUAUUAACAGGGUUUGAUUUUACUUAGAUUUAUGCAAUAGAAAACAUUUUCCGUGCUUGCGUAACUGUCAAGAAUUCGCCCAACCCCUCGAGUGUUCAUAUCAGGCUAUGCAAACACAGGAAAAAAGUUUUGUAUUUCUUUUAUACAGUAAUUUUUUCAAGAAAAAACGAAAAACUCUUUGUUAUGGCACUGAUUAAGGGAGAAUUCUUACCAAUUGCAAAGUCUAGUACAUAAAGUCUUGCACUCAUAAUCAGUUCUUGUUUUGCAAAAAGAUGCUUUCCAAAAUACGGAUUUUUCUUGCUUAAAAUGUCAGCUUAAGUGAAAAAUAAUUGACACACCUUGUUUGUAACGAUUUUCCAAGUUUCAGCCGAUGAAGGAAUGGGUAAAUAAAGUAAACUUGUCGAGAUUUGAACUCGAAAACAUUUUCAAAUUUGUGCUUGUCUGAUUAGUGUGCGAAAAGCAAAACAUCGUGAUGCCACAACCAUGUUUACAUACUCUCAUGCAAACACUCCUCUUAGCCAAUCAGAGUGCAUGUACUGUCUUAGUUAUUUUAGAAAAUAUAAUGGUACCAUUCAGGACUGUAAAUAUCAAUAGCCUUUCUGGAAGCCCCAGCUCAAUCAUUUUACUCCUGCUUCCUCUUAUUAACUUAAAGACCAAUUUUUUUUAUUUUGCAGGCCUGCACUAUCCUUCCUUAACAAACAUCAUAGCAAAAAGGAUAUCAGUUAGAGACAGAACAUUUUUAACAAGCACGAUAUUUGCUGGUGGCCCUGUUGGGUAGGUACAGUGUUGUAAUGCUGCUUUUAACUCAGAGCAUCAGAGAAUUGUUGGAGCGAUUUAGGUUUCUUGAAAACUGCCCACCUGCCCCUCCCCAAGACAACAUUUUGCCCUAAGUGAGAAGUAAGUUAUAAUGUUGGCUUAGGUGAGGGGUAGGUAGGCAGUUUCCCAGAAACCUAAAUUGGUCCGAAUUGUUUAAUUGUUUCGUCUCAAUCAACUCACGAAACCAAUUGUAAGGCCUGAAAAUACUGUAACCUGCCGCUAUUUUCAUAAGGGGUUCAAGCAGGGCUUAUAAUGGAAGGGCUUAUAUCAGAACAAGCUAUGGCGGAACUGAUCAAAACACGUUUUGCAUUCACUGGUUUUCAUGUGCUUCAAAAUGUCAUAAUUGAUCAAAUUAAUUUUAAUACAAGCUAGAGGGUGGCUUAUAUCGGGGUUGGGGGGGGGGGGCUUAUAGUUGGAUGUAUUUUUUUGUUUACAGGUAGAUGGGCCCAUAACUGGGGGAGUGGGGUGAGGGGCUCAGAAGCUUUAGUUCAGGCAAUCAAGAUGCUCAUGGUUAAGUUCAUGAAAUUCUGAGAACAAGAUUCCCCCCAAACGUAAUACCUUUGAGUAAAAUAACGUUGACAGAACUUGCAAUUUUCUAGCAACUUUGUGCUCAACGGAUGCUCAAGGCGAACCAGUGAGUUUGUUACCCUGUAGGCCACAUAUGACGAAGACGUAAUAGUUUAUGAUUAAAAAGCCGUACUCAUUGCUAGACAUGGCAAACAGUCUGAGAACACUUAGCUCACUCAAGCUGAAUUCUUUGCAAAGAGAAAACUUGAAUGCUCAAAAUGCUAUAAAUAACUGGUAAAUUUUGCAGGUUUUGGAAAAAACCUGUUUUACAUGCCAUAAUAUGUGCCAUAUAGGAAUUGGAAUUAACGAUUUUUUGCCAUUGAUUUUCCUCACAGAACAUUGUUCAUGGGAAGUGUUGGUUCAAUAUUUCUUUCUCAAUUUGGCUGGCAUAGCGUCUUUAUAUUUCACGGUCUUAUGUCAUUAUUAUGGGCAUACAUUUGGAGAUUCUAUUUACUGUUGCCAGAGCAACAACAGUUUGCUCUUGGAAACAUUAAGAUGGUGGAAGCAACUGGUUCUGAGAGGGCAUCUCUAGUAAAUGUGCCAUGGGAAAUAUUUUUAAGACAUCCAGCAGUUUGGUAAGUGGUUUUAGUUAUGUAGCCCAUAUUAUGCACAUGCCCUGCAUGGGUUUUGUUCAAAACUUUUCUUUCAUUACUUGUACUUUCGGAAAAAAAACGUCAAGCAAAGGACCAAGCUUUUUGAGAAAAUUCCACUUUUCAGCAUAAAACAACCUAAUCUGGCUAUUAAAAUCAGGUGAAAAAAUUGGCAAAAGGUGAUUUUUAGGUUUUUUGACUAAAUGACACCUUCAUUAGCCCUUUUACUCCCAGGAGAGGCCAAAGUCGAAAUUAGACUAGAAUUCCAAAUUUCAUUUCGUAUAAUGCUGGAAAACAUACAGUACUAUUUGAAAGUACCACCAAAGAGGUUUCAUUUAAAUGGUCAUAUCAUAGGAUUUUGUCCAUAGAAUCAAAAGUUAGCGGACUUGCCUCACUAGACUCCAUUGUUUACUCUGCUAAGCGGAAAGAAUUCAGCUGGUGUCUGUUUACAAGGCCUUUAAGUCCAAGGAAACUUGUAGAGAACUCAAAAGCUCAGAACUUGUAUUGUAGGCAGACUACUGACUAAGAGGUGUAAAAAUUCUUCAAAAAUAGCGUCAAUUUCACUAUACAAUAGCCUCCCACGCAGGCGUUUUUAGGGGAGCUCGUAUUUCUUCCCGAGCUCCCCUAAAAACCCCUGCGUGGGAGACUAACUAUACAAUGGAGUGGUUGGUUUCUAAACAAUAGUUAUAGUCAGCUACGGAGCAAUUUUUCGUGAUUUUAUAAGUUUCCAGGACCUAAUCUUAAAUUCCAUGGCUGACACAGUAGAUUGACAGUGCUGAUACAUGUAAUAAAAUGAUUACUUUCCAGUAUAAAAAGUUAAAAUGUGCAUCUGUCUUUUCAGGGGUCUUGUCCUUUCUCAUUUUUGUCAGGGAAUUGCCUUCUGGAAUGUAUUCGCUUGGCUUCCAAUGUACUUUGAAGAGCAUUACCCUGGAAGUAAGGUUAGUUUAAGAUGCUUUACGGUCAUUUCGCCCCCGCGUCAUUUUGCUCCGGUUACUCUGCCCCCUAAGUAACCUUUUGAAAAACAACACUUCAAGAACAUCAUACAGUCGAACCUGUAUUAAGUGGUCACCCUCGGGGAAUGGCUAAGUGACCGCUUCAUACAGGGUGACCAACUAAUACAGGCUGCAAGAAAUACAGUUCAAACAAUUCGAUUUCCAGUGCUGAUCAGAUCAGACGUUUGACCUCAUAUAGAAACAUUCAUUUCUGGCGUUUUAAUGAUUUGCAAAAUAAACAAGCAAAUCAAUUGUUGUACCUAUAUAUGUUACAUUAUUUGAAACUGUAUGGACGAGUAAUUGACACCGUGUGACCGUUUAAUACAGGACAAGACAACAGAAAAAGUCCUGUUGGGACUUCGCAAAUGGUGACCGCGACGGUUUAAUAGAGGGUGACUGUUUAAUGGCGGUCGAAAUUACAGUACAUCAAGUGAAGUAAUUGUCGGGACUUUGAAAACUGACCGCUUAAUGGAGGGUGACAGUUUAAUACGGUGCCGCUUAAUACAGUUUCGACUGUAUAUUACAUAUCUAAAUGACUGUAAAAUCGGGGGCCAAGUAACUGUGGCGAAAAGACUGGGGGCGAAAUGACCGGUUACCUCUAAGAUGAAGCGACAUUUCUACAUAUUUACUGAGUUUCAAGAAACAGUCUAUUUCGCAUUUUUUUUUCACCAUUUCUUUCCAUAACGUCAAAGCCUAUUUGCCUCUUACCUAGACUGCGAGCAGUAUUCCCAGACGUCUCUCUCUCGAUGAAAAUUUGCGCGCAAAGGAAGGAAAAAAAGGAAGGAAGGAGAAAACAGGCUUUUUCUCGUUCCCAUGGUCCCUUGCGUUUCGUCACCAGUCACUCGCGUGUCACUCGCGUUUCGCACUCGAAUCUAUGCGAAAAACGAAACUCCUGAGGAGGAAGCACUGAAAGCCUACAGUUUUACCUUUUCUUAGCUUUGGCUUCCCAUGCUAAACUUUCCUGGCUGAUACAAUACUGAUGUUGUUUCUUUUUUGUAGAAAUGGGUAUUUAAUGUUCUUCCAUGGCUUUUGUACUUUCCUGUCGCUUUAACUGUAGGACGUGUUGCUGACUGCAUGAUAAGAAAAGGUGAGGUUGGAAAAUGUUCAUCUCAUCUAGGGCGGCACUGAGUAGGGAUAUUUUCCUGUCUAUAGGCUUGCUUACACCAUGGAUGCGUUCCGCGUGUAAAUUAAGUGGGUUUUCUUGGUGUUGUGGACGAGUGCAAUCACGAAGUGACGUAAUUCAAAAGACUGGAAAAGAAAAACUUAACAAUACCCACGCCACAACUCAAAAGCGAGCUCGAUGAUUUUAUGUUGCUGUGAAAAUGCCCUUUUUGCCAACCUGCCCAAAUGUUCAUGAUACUCAUGGGCUAAUUUCUGCGCUGCAGAGUUGACAUAGACCUACCUCAGGUCUCUUGGCGGAUAAGUUUUUAAACCAGGCAUUUUAUAAGGUAACUAUUUGCCGUAGAGAUAACAAUAACAUCACCACAGAAUUGUCGAGUGAAAUCGCAGCAUAACACGCCCGAAAAAUCGUCCGUGUAAACGGGUUUUAAGAAAUUUUUGUUUGGGAUGGAAGGUAAGACCUCGGAAAGAGUUUGGUCCUGUUCGCUCUCUACUUCCUAAUAACCCUACUGAAGCAGGUUGCUCUUAAACGAGAUUGGCGAACAGUGAAAAAUAAAUGUUACACGGUCAAAUUUAAAAUGACGUGAUUCUCAAUGUUCGUGGAAUGUUCAUCAGUCUUGUCUGAAAUAUGUCUUGUAGGAAGACAUAUUUCAACUCCUUUCCUUUACAACGGAACAGUGUACUUAUAGUACAUCAUAUCCCAGCUCUAGAUCACCACGUUCAGCUGGUUAUUACACAACGUCCAGAAUGUGGAACUAAAAAGACCUAUUUAUUUAUUUAUUUAUUUUGAGCCAUGAAUUUGUCUGUUAAUAUUUUUGUAUUUCUGUUUUAACAUCCCUACAGGGUUCUCAGUGACGUUUGUUAGAAAAUUUUUUCAGGUAACACAUUUUUUCUAAGAUUACACAUGAAAUGGAACUGAUGUCUAGAUGUUAUUAGAUGACAUUAUCAUAAGCUGAGGGCUGUUCUGAAAAUUUGUAAAUGUAAGCCGAAGAAACCAUCGCUUUAAAACGCGCGUUACGCCUUGUUGUCGCGGCUUUCCGCUCGAUUUGCACAUGAUGUAAAAAACAAAACUCUGGCACCCAGGGUAAUUUUAUCUCAGUGUUAAACCUAAAAAAACUAAAUCUUUAAAGGAUAGGAAACGAGUGCAAAACAAAUAAAUACAUCAUACUUCCAUUUUUCCCUGCAGACUCUGUCCAUGUGCGGUGGGGCGUUCUUCAUGAUCCUCAUCAACAAGAGUCGAUCAUUCCAUAGUGCACUGUUUUGUAUGAUGAUGGCCAUGAGUCUUAAUGCACUUGGUAAUGCCGGUACACCCGUCACUCCCCAGGACAUGUCACCUAGGUUUGCCGGCACACUCUUUGGUAAGUUUUUUUUUGCCUAAGUCACGAGGAUGGUUGCUCUUUUUGGUCAGUUCUAUGCUGAAAACGUUACUUAGUAACUUUGCCUAUAAAUAAAAUGGGAUAAUUUUACGUUUCUGGGGAACUGCCCACCUACCACUCCCCUAAACCAACAUUAACAGGUAGUUCUUACUUAGGGCAAAAUGUUGGCGUAGGGGAGGGGUAGGUGGGCAAUUUCACGGAAACGUAAAAUAAUUCCCAAAAUGCUCCUGGAGAGUUACGAAGAAGACAUCAGAUUCCAUCAAAUUCCAUCAGAGAGCACUAACCUUAAUAAUGUUUUUGAUGAUUUUUGCAAGCAUAGCAAUAGCAUUAAAACUUGAAAAAGUUGGCCCAAUUUUUCAUAUAAGGUUGGAACGUUCCAUACCAUAUUACACCCCCCAUUUUUUCAAGUUUCAAUUCAUGCCCAUCCUUGCCAUCUGAGGCAACAGACGACAGGAAACAAGUUUCAACACGACAUUUCGUCAAUUGAAAGUGUAUAAAUGAGGACAUUUCACAUUGUGGUUUAGACUUGCCUAUAAGUCGAGCUCAUAGUUUUUCACGAGUGCGAAGCGCGGGCUGUAGAUUUUUUAUGUUUUCUGCGGCAAGAUAGGGGAGAGCGAGAGCUUGACUUGUUUCCCCUGCAAAAAGUCAUCUCAAGUGACGUCAUUUUGGCGCGAACUAUUUGCCUCCCUGUCGCGUGUGUUGUCGCGUGGGUGUGUCGUCGCGAGCUGUCAAAGUAUGUCAAAACUAACAAAUAACGUACAAAAAUUCCGAUAAGAGAAAGUAAAUAAAGGAAUGUUCAAUACAAAAAAACGGGUAAUGAACAAAAGUGCUGUCUUGUGAUAUUUGUGAGUUCAGUCUGCAGACGUUUCGGGCCGGCGAUGCAAGGUUUCCAUACGCCCUGAAAGAAAACCAGGGAAAACGUAGAAAAAUAAAAACUUCGUAGUACCCGCGCUCAAAGCAUUACAAGUCGGUGGUGUUUUUUCGCUCCGUGGCUACCAGGAAAAUCCGAACUUUGUAAAGUACUUAAAUGGAGGAAGAUAAAACGCCCACUAAAGCUUUGUAUUAGAGCACAGGCGUUAAAACAAAAUCGAAAUACAACCCGCAAAACAUGCUCAGUUCAAUUGAAUUGGCCACUUACCUAGAAGACGUGCUGAGGGCAGGCGUUUGUUAUGAGAUGGAUAAUGCCUUGCAGAGCCUGACAGUCUUUUGGUAGAAGGGUUGUUAUGCCUUUAUUAAUUAAUCUCUUGUUGUUAACUUUCAGGUAUAAUGAAUUCUGCUGGAGCGUUUUCGGGUACGUUGAAUUGUUGUAACAUCGCUUAAAUAUUAAGAUUUAAUGACAGCGUUCUCCCUACCCGCAAAUGACAAGAAAGAAGUGAAAAAGGUCUUUAAAGAAGAGUUUUCAGUGGAAAUACUCUGUUUGGUAAAACAACUUAUCCUUAGGCAGUUUUUCUUUUUAUUUCGUGAAACAGAGAGACUAUUGGCCUGAAAGUCCUGGCGGGUGGGGGGUGUUGGUAAGAACCAAACCUUUUCAGGGCUUUUUCCGAGAAGAACCAUGGGGACGAAAGGUUGGGAUAAGUACUGACGUGUUAACGAGUAACCCCUUGUGUUUAUUUAUUUAUUUGUUUGGUUUUGUGUUAAGCACUUAUUUCUACGUUACUACAUUACUAAAUUUCUUAUUUAUUUAUUUGCGGUUAGCCUGAAUUUCAUCCGAUUACUUCGAGUCGUUAUUACUCCCUCAGUUGUUGAGAGGAGAAAACGACUCGAAGCAAUCGGAUAAAUUUCAGGCUAAUUUGCGGUUUGAUUUAACCACUUAUUUCUAUGUCCUUGUCCGGAGAAUUUCUUCCUUCGCAAAUGAAAUGUGUGAUUAAUCUUUCUUUUUCUUCCAGGAAUUGUUGGUACUCUAAUCACAGGUUAUUUGUUGGAAGUUUUCAAAAGUUGGGACAGUGUUUUCAAUCUAAAUGCUUUAGUACUGGUUGUGGGAGCUUUGGCUUUCCUUUCGUUGGUAACAGCCAAGAAAAUAGCUUGAAUCUACGUGGAGAAUUUAGUCCUCCAAUGUGAAGAACUAUUUAUUAGAAUAUAUUUUAGUGGUGCCAAACAGUUCGUGUUAUUCAAGCCUCACAUUGCAUCCAGAAUUAAAAUGAUCAUUUCAUGGCGGGAAGGAAUGCCACACUGUUUACUGUAGAGAUAAUUUUUAUGGUUACAUUCUAACAUAAAGGUGUUGAUUUUGGAGGACAAUACUUAGAAGACUUAACAUUACGGUAAUUUUUUGCCUAGUCCCUGUCGGCGUUUUCCCGGGCCCUCUCGGUCAAUUCUUUGGUGACGUAUCGCUUGGACCACGUGACCCGAGACGCUUUGGCCCCGUGGAAUAAUGAGGCCUAGGGACUAGGAAAGGUAAUUUUGACACCCUGCAAGCAGAGCCUUUUUUUGUCGUCUCGAGUGAGGAGGAGAAAAGGAGGCAGUGGCGGAUCCACGGGGAGGGGCCCGGCGUGCCCGCCCCCCCUAUUUUUGGACGAAACAGAGGCCCGAAUGGCCGAAAAAAAAUUUUUUUAAGACCGCCUCCCCUCUCCCCCCCCCCCCCACUUAUCUAAAGGUCUGGAUCCGCAAAUGGGAGGCUCUGCCUGAAUCGCGUCAAGACUUUGAAGUCGCCAACUUCUGGACUAGUCAAUAUUGUUUUCUCUCGUCAAACUUUUUUUCGAGUGCCAAUAUCCGUUCAUUGAUAAACCGAUGUUAAUAAUUAAGCCCACUGUACCAAGUACACGUCUUUUAGGCGUGGGUGCGAAACUGUAUCCCAGUAACAAGCAGCACAUCCCCAACCAAAAUUGAGUGAGUGAGAGAAAGGCUCUGUGAGCAGGGUGUAGUUAUGAUAACAGCAGCAGUAGUAAGUGUUCUUUGAGGUACUUAAAAAUACAUUUUAUUCAUUUUAUCACAAUCCAUAGCAAGGAAGCUGCAUUUCAAUAACUUGUAACCUACUUGAACUCUUAGUCGUGUUUUGCCUAAGGCAUAUUCUUUACAUUGGUU